AGCAUGACGAUUUCAGGUUGGGUGUUCAUGAUUUCUGUUGGAUUCAAUGCAGCGAUAAGUGUAAGAGUGAGCAAUGAACUUGGAGCUGGGAACCCUAAAUCAGCAGCGUUUUCUGUAAUCAUCGUCAACAUUUAUUCGUUAAUCACAUGUGUGAUCUUAGCCAUUGUUAUAUUGGCGUGCCGCGACGUUUUGAGCUAUGCAUUCACUGAGGGUAAAGAAGUCUCGGACGCUGUUUCUGAUCUCUGUCCCCUUCUUGCCGUAACGCUUGUUCUCAACGGAAUCCAACCUGUCCUCUCCGGUGUGGCGGUUGGAUGCGGUUGGCAAACAUUUGUUGCAAAAGUUAACGUGGGAUGUUACUAUGUUAUCGGAAUUCCUCUUGGAGCUCUCUUUGGGUUUUACUACAACUUCGGUGCCAAGGGUAUAUGGACGGGGAUGAUCGGUGGUACGGUUAUACAAACGUUUAUUUUAGCAUGGGUGACGUUUAGAACAGACUGGACAAAAGAAGUGGAAGAAGCUUCGAAAAGAAUGGACAAAUGGAGCGACAAGAAACAAGAAUUGGUACGCGAAUGAUGAGCUGAUUAGAUUCAUCGGUUUAAAGGAAACACCACCGGGUAGCAAAUGCUAAAAUUAACCGGUCAGCUGGUAAUAAAGGAUGUGGUCUACCUAUAUAUAAUCUUUCUAGAACUCGAUAUAAAGCUUUGUAUGGGCUUAUUUUUAAAACUACAGGUUGUGACUGUCUUGGACUGAAUAG